AUGGCAAACGUUCAGAUGCAAGAUAAUCGAGUCAUUGAUAUUAUCAAAUUGCUGAGGCUAGAAGGAUUAUUUAGAGCCCCUUCAAGAGAGAUAGAUAAUUGCCUAAUAUCGGCCCUAGUUGAGCGAUGGCGGCCGGAGACUCAUACUUUCCAUCUUCCACAUGGUGAGAUGACAAUCACCCUACAAGAUGUGGAGGUAAUUUUCGGACUUCCUAUAGACGGUGACGUCUUGGUUGGGCCGACUGCUGUGGUGGAUGAUGGGGCUUGGAGGCGAUUGUGUACGGAGUUGCUGGGUUUUAGUCCGCCGAAUGACAAUAAAACAUUGGUGGGGCAAAGAAUUCUCAUAAGCCGACUUGUUGAGGCCGUUGCAGCGCCAUUGCCUCAUGACGCAACGGAGAUGCAGAUACACCGGUAUGCCCAGUGCUAUAUUUUAGCGCUAAUAGGGGACAAACUUUUCAUGGACAAGUCAGGAGAUAGGGUGCAUUUGAUGUUCCUAGACUUCAUGCGUAACCUUCGUGAUCCGCCACAGUAUAGUUGGGGUAGUGGUUGCCUGGCCUGGUUAUAUAGGGAGUUGUGUCGGGCAAGCAAGAAAGGGGCAUCGCAGAUUGGUGGGGCGUGCACGUUGGUCCAGUAUUGGGCAUAG